UUGCUUGCCAGGAUCUUCUGAGUGUUGCCCUGCUGUUAUGGUUGCUGCAUCACUGACUUGGCUGAUGGAGUUGAGAACUGACUUAGAAAUGCAAAGGAGCCCCAAUAAGCUGUGAACAGAAGGAUCUUUAACGAGCACCUUGGAGGAUAAAAUCUGAAUUUGAAUUGAUCUUAAGGUGAAGAAUUAGGAUCAUAUAACCAAUGUGGGUGGUCAAGCAAAAAAACUCGUCUGAAACCAGUGGUGUCAAAACUGAAACUAUGAGUGAAAAAUUAAUCUGUGCUGUGUUUUAAAGCUGACUGAGAGGAAAGUGGUCUGGACAGGGAGCUGAAAGGAGAAUGAAAAGAAGAGGAAAGACUCCUUGAUUUUGAAUUGAAGAAAGAAGCCUGUCCUCCUUGUAGCCACCUGAGAGCUAAGUCUUCAAAGAAAGGACAAACAUCUGCCAGUGGCCUGUGCCUGAAGUUCUGAGGUCCAUAUUCCAUAGUGCUGAGGAAGGGUUCCCGUGGCUCCUCACAUAGCCUGUGCAGUCUGCAGACAAUGGAUUGAUUUGAGCUUGCCUUCCUUGGGCUGGCUGACAAGGCUGUUCAGCUUUGAAUCCAUGGGAUCUGCCUGGGUAAGGCAUUGUCUUGAGGAAGAGCUGCGGCCAGUUUUUGUUUUCCCUGCCACAAGCUAACUAGAAGCCAGAUUUUCAAGACAAGGUGUCCCUGAGCCUUCUGAGGAGGGCCAGCUGCCCCAGAGCCGCCCCGCUAGCACAGCACAGCACUGCUGCAAACCACCACCCAGCUUCGCUCCCUGGAGACACUGCUGCACACCAGGAACGCCGCUUCCUCCCGUUGAGUGCGGCUGCCGGCCGCGGAUGUUACAGUAGCUUCCCGCGGACGCGGGGCUGCCGGGCGGCUUUGGCUGUCGGGGCGACGCCGGGCCCCGCGGCGUGCGAUGGAUUGAGGCGCGCCCGCCGCGGCCCCAUCGAUGCGAUGGAAAAUCGGGGGCUGCUCUGCACGCUCUGCUCCCUAGUGCUGCACGCGCCGCUGCUGCUCGGCGUCACCGCCACCUUCACCGAAGUUCCCAAAGAUGUGACUGUUAGGGAGGGAGACGACAUCGAGAUGCCUUGCGCUUUCCGAGCCAGCGGAUCCACCUCUUAUUCCUUGGAAAUCCAGUGGUGGUACCUCAAGGAACCGGCCCGAGAACUCGCACACGAACUGGCUGUCAGCAUCCCUGGCGGCAGGAGCAAGGUGGCGAACAAGGACGCGACCAAGAUCAGCACGGUCCGCGUGCAGGGCAACGACAUCUCGCACCGGCUGCGGCUGUCGGGCGUGCGGCGGCAGGACGAGGGCGUCUACGAGUGCCGCGUGGCGGACUACAGCGACGACGAGACGCAGGAACACAAGGCCCAGGCGCUGCUGCGCGUCCUGUCCCGCUUCGCUCCGCCCGACGUGCAGGCGGCCGAGGCGGUGUCCCACAUCCAGAGCGGGGCGGCCCCUCGCCGCCAUGGCCCCGCUGGUAGAGCCACGCCGCCGCCCGGGCCCGGCAAGCGUCCGCCACCGCCCCCCGGAGAGCGGGGACCCUCUGCCGCCGCCGCCGCCUCGGCCUCGCCGCCGCCCGGACAGGGGCAGGGCCGGGGGCGGACCGCUAUCCUGCAGCAGCAGCACGGCUCAGGCACAGGACCUAUUUAUGCUACAGACCCACUCCUAUACAUGUUCCUGUUAAUACUGCAUAAUCUUGUACAUUUAUUAGUAAACCACUGAUGGACUACUUCCUUCACUACUCCUCAGCCAAACAAAAGGAACCUAUUUAAGAACAGGACAAGCCCCUGACAAAACAUUGCCCACAGCUGGAAGGAUGGACAGAAAGAGACUGAAAGAAGCAUGAUAAAUUCCACAUGAGGGGAAAACAUAUUUUUGGGGAUGUCACAGAAGGUAAACCACAAAAAAUAAUGCAUCUAGUUUCCAGACCCUAUGGUGUAAGGCCCUGCUCUGUGCACAGCACCUAUGGUUUCUCUAUUUUAAUGUAAUAUUUUUCUUUUCUAAACCUUUCCUCUGACUCUUCAGACUCUUCAUUUUGCACGAACUGUUGAGCAGUUAUCUUUAUGACAGUAUGUAAAGAUGCUGGGUCAAAACCCUUCCUAAGAAAGGAAAUAUUCUUAGUAGAACGUAUUUAGUUUUUCUGAAUUUCCUUUUUCUUUUUUUUUUUUUUUUUAAUUAAAUUAUUUCUUUUGGAGACAUUUUAAUUGAAAAGGUACAUCUUACCAUAAUUAAUAGGCACUGCUGAUAGUAUUUAUUUUUAAAUGAAGAUUGGAAACAAGGUAAGACAUUUGUUUAUAAACUGUAUUGUAUAUUGCUGAAUAACAGUUGAAUAAAAAGAUUUUGAAAUAAAGUUUCUGCAGCUGUGUGUGACUUUCCCCGUGUUCUGAGGAGGAUUUGUGGCUGUGUCCCAUUCCCUAACUGGUCCCAGCACAGAAGAGGAGAGGUGGUGCCCAGCAGAUGAACUGGCUGCACUCGCACGGCCCCGUGCCGCUGUGUGCUGCAGCACGGUACGGCCACUGCUGAGGGCUGCUGGGGAGCUGGGGCACAUCAUGCAGCGUGGGCUCUGUGUGCCAGCCUGACAUUUCCAAGAUUGGGGAAUAAUCCAUCAUCAUCUCACUGAAAGCAGAAGUGCUGUACAGAAGGACGUGGGGAGAUAUCUGCUGUGAGCCGGGAGGUGCCCGUGUGAGAUGGUGCCCAGCUCCAUCCUGCCCACGUGUGCAGGGCAGGGUGAGCGCUUCACAGCGUGAAAGGAAACGACAGGUAGAAAAAGACUGGAGUGCUGGUCCCUGCCACAAUUAACUCUGACAUUUAAUCCUUGUCUGGAAACUUGUUCAAGGACAACCGCUGAAGGCGGGGCUCUGCGUGGAGCCUGCCAUGUCACAGGAGCACGGAGCUUUUGAGUAAUGGCUGGUGAUGGAAGGGAAACCUGCCCAGGUUUGAACUGUGUGUCCUGGUGAGCUCAUCACUGCUGCUUUUUCUCAAGGGCAGUAAGUAUUUCUCAGUGACCUGCCUUCCUUCUAAGAGAAAAAAACCCUAACAAAUUCUUCCACAAGAGGAAGAAAUACAUCUGUCUAAAUUUAUCUGAAUAAACAGCUGAAACUUGAAGUUGCAGAGCCUGUCUAGGAGUUAACAGUGAUGCUUUUAUUCAUUCUGACUGUACCUCAGUGUGGCCUGUUGGUAAUGAGAUCAGUUGCUUUGCCCUGAUACUUUUGUUUCAUCACUAACAAACAGGCUGUGUUAUUUCUUGAAUUGCAUACUGCGUGUUUUGCAGCAAAUCUGGGAGGAAAUGCAUUAUCUCGCAUUUGUCAUUCCCCUCAUACUGUAGACUGUUACCUGUGUAGGCAUGUGACAGAAUGUGGAAGUUGUGUGCAGCAAAAGGAGUAGAAUUAACAAGAUCCUUUUGAUCUUAAUCGUACUGAAAGCAAAAAAGUAUUAAAUCUGCAACUAAGUGUAGCACUGUUCUUCUCUGAGAUCAGAAUUGUAUGCUGCUGCAGGAAUAACAAUUCCUGUAUUCUCAUUCACUCACAGUACAACCUCAGAACUACUGAACAACAACCUGAGGCUCUGAUGAGAAAUCUAACAAGAGCAGCAGGCUGCUUUUCCUUCCACUGAGGAACACACAUACAGAGAUCACUCAUUCCCAGCAAACAGGAGAACUUCGACAAGAGAGCGCCUUGCCAAGAGAAGCUGCCUCAACAUUCAAAAACACAUGGAAGGAGUCCUCCAGGUUUUGGGGUUUUUGUUUCUACAUUUCAUUCAGCUUUUUUUUUUUGCCAAUACUCAGUCUAUGUUUGGGGAAACAACAAGCUGAAAAGGGAGGCUGCAACUUUGGUAUGCAAUUUGGUCUUCCAGGAGCACUCAAAAGAAUGAGUGAAAUUUUGUUGGAAAAGAAGUACAGAAUUGGUAGCCUUAUUGCCUGUGAGUGCAUUAAGGGCUUUUGCUAAAACAUCUGUCCUGAGCACUCGCUUUUCUGAAAAGGGCAGCUGCCUCACUUCUGUUGAUUAUAUUUACAAAGGGCAAAGGCAGUUUUUGCUGUACCCUUAAUGGACAGAGGCUAGUGGCAAUUCUUGCUCUUUCAUAAAUCUCAGCAUUCCUACUGGUGUCUGCUGUCAGAAUCGAUUAGGAGUGAGUGUUCGGACUGCAGAGCCGUCGAGGGACAGAGCAGACCAGCACGGAGCCAGGCAGGAGCUCCCCCAGCACUGGCAGUGGCCUGGCCAUGUCCCCAGGCAGCGGGGGGAGGCAGCCCCUGGCCCCUGCUCCUUGCAGCAGGAGACAGCACGCCUGCAAUGCCAGCAACGACUGAGCUGGGAAGCGUGAGUGAUGGCUGCGAGGGGCCAGAGCUGAGUCAUCUGUAACAUAAUCAUAAGGAAACACACAUUUUUCCUGAGAGAAAAUCAAUAGAACUUUGCACUUUUCCUUGUAAUAUUUCCAGCCUGUGCCAUCAGCCAUAGUUUGCUCACAGUUAUACUGCUAUAAAUUCACUGCAAGUUAAUGGAUUUCAACAAAAAUGAAUGGAUUUACAACAGCAUAAUAGAUCUAAUGUUAGAGCCAUGCACAUGUAAAAAUAUGUGGAACAAAAGCAGAUUUUACACCACAUGGAUCACCUUCAAGAUGCCAAGGCCUUGCAAGGAAAAAGUAGAAUUGCCUACUGCCAGGUAUGCAACACACCGAAGGGAAAGGUGGGUGAUGGAGGGGUGCACACACACAGAAUGUAGGAAACUAACUGUGCCAUUUCUCCAUUUCUUCUGUAAAACAUUUUGGACGUUCCACACAUCUCAUGUGGCAUUACUAAGAAAAUAAAUAACGUGCUCCCAGAGUUGUGUGUCAGAACUGGGCUGGUUAAUGUAUGAGCUGCCUCUGCUGCAUUUGUUACUCCAUGGUAAAUUUCAUGCUUAGCCAGAGGCUGCCCGAGUUCAUUGAUUCAUUAUCCUUAAACUUUGGGCGGUUAUUAGUCAAGCUCCCUCCAGUACAUCUAUUUAAUAAAGAAAAGAACAGAAAACUGAUGGAAUCAAAAAUACUCAAGUCUUAAUUAGUGCUUUUUAGCAAAGACUGAUUGGAGGGGUGUGGUGGGAAUAUGAAAUUGCAGUGAAUGUGCUUACUUGAUUCCAGCAGCUGCUCCUUCCCCACGUGGAUGGGCUCUCCCAGCCCUCAGCCCUGCAGCCUGGUGCAGCCCUGGGCAUCUGCACCACCAGCUAAGGGAGGAACCAUGCUACACACCCUGGGAGAAACCUGAGAUACCGAUAUACACAAAUUAUCCUGAUUGAUUAAAACUGUUUGGAUGGUAAAAAUCCUCAUGGGAUUUUCUUUUCACAAUUUUGGGCUUCUCUGGUGUUUUUGUUCCCAAGCAAAAUGCAUGGGAAAUGCAGGCUCUGUAAAAGGCAGAGCUGGGGGCUGCACACAGGGAAGUGUUUUGUUUUAAUCCACACAGGAGCUGUAGUUACCUGGUUACCACAGCAAAGUUACCUGGUCCUGAAGUGAAGGGAGUGGGAGUAAGGCAGGGAGAAACCCAGCAAGGCACGAGGGCUGCAGUGCUGCACACCUGUUCCCCAGGCACAGCCCUGGGCUUGACAAGGCAGAAAAGAAGGGUGGCAUUCUUUUUUAGAUCAUCUUUCUGAAACCCAACAAUGUCUUUUAAGUAAAAGAUGGAUUUUACUGUAAGUAGAGCCAGCCGGGAAAAGUAAUUUGGUUGAGAUCUGCAUCACUGACAGUACAAAACAUGACUAGAAAAAAUGGCCUUUUCUUAGCAUCUAUGCCAAUGUUAACCAACGAACUGAAGUUUUCUAUUUUACCUUUGUUGUCUGUUAGCCUUAUAGUAACUAUAGGCAUUUUGGGCAUUGUAAACAAAUCAGUUAUAGUAAAGCUGAAUCAAAGAGAUCUGCUAACGGAUUGUCCUCGUUGUUGGCUAUAGAUUUGUCUUCCUGUUAUUGUUAAAAUGAUUCUUAAAUCUCAUAUGUAAAAUCAUCUUUAAUAAAAAUUAAAUGAACAAGGUCUCAAUAAAUAACUCAAAGAUGCUUAGUCUACCAUAAACAUAAGAUUUAG